CUGAGCUGAGUCUUUGGCCAAAAACGAAGUUUAUUAACUUCCUAAAGCAAAGCGACUUUUCAAGAACACAAUAGCACUGCGACUAGAGUUUUACAGCCAUUAUCGCUGAUUUUACAAAACCAGCCCAAGUGAAGAAAGAAGCUUUAUCAAUGUUUUCCGACAUCAUGAACAUUUCUGGGUUCCUGCCCAUUCUCGUCUGCGGGCUUAUGCUGCUCCAAGAAUGCACCUGCUGGACUUACCACACCUCAAGUGUAAAUAUGACCUACUCAGAGGCAGAAAAAUGGUGUAAAGCCAAUUUUACAAACUUGGUUGCUAUUCAAACCAAGGAAGAGAUCGAAUACUUGAAUGCAACCCUUGAUAAAAAUGCAAACCAUUACUGGAUCGGGCUGAGAAAAAUUAACAAUCAGUGGACAUGGGUAGGCACAAACAAGCCAUUGAACAAAAGUGCUGAAAACUGGGCCGCGGGUGAACCAAAUGGCAAAAGACACAACGAGGACUGUGUCGAAAUCUACAUAAAACGAGUGAAGGAUUCGGGAAAGUGGAAUGAUGAACGUUGUGAUAAAAAGAAAGCAGCCUUGUGUUACACAGCCUCCUGUAAACCAGAUGCUUGCAGUGGCCGUGGGGAAUGUGUAGAGACCAUUAAUGAUUACACCUGCCUCUGUGAUGCUGGAUUCUAUGGGCGUGACUGUGAAUAUGUGAGGAUUUGUGAGCCACUGAAAGAACCAGAUCAUGGGACCUUAGAGUGCAACAAGCCAGAGAAGGAUUUCGUCUACAACUCAUCUUGCAGAGUCCAGUGUGGGGAAGGUUAUGAAGCAACGAGGGAAGAAACCAUACGGUGCGCUUCUUCUGGAACAUGGUCUGCCGCCACCCCUAUGUGUAAACCGGUGAAAUGCGAUGCGGUACCUCAGCCUGAAAGUGGGUUUGUGAACUGUUCCCACACUGACCCAGAACUGGUCUUCAACUCAACCUGUCAGUUCGGUUGUGAGGAGGGCUACAUCUUGACGGGAUCGUCCCAAAUCCAGUGUUCCUCACAGGGACUCUGGUCGGCACCAGUUCCUCAUUGUGAAGCGGUGAAAUGCGAUGCGGUACCUCAGCCUGAAAGUGGGUUUGUGAACUGUUCCCACACUGACACAGAAUUGGUCUUCAACUCAACCUGUCAGUUCGGUUGUGAGGAGGGCUACACCUUGACAGGAUCGUCCCAAAUCCAGUGUUCCUCACAGGGUCUCUGGUCGGCACCAGUUCCUUAUUGUGAAGGUAAGAGUUCAGCCUUCCAUGGAAAGGUUUGA